AUGGCCAGCUUCAUUCGGGGGAAACAGGCGGGGAUCCAGAAGGAUCUCUCUGCGAGCAUCCGGCCCGAGCUGUUCCUGCCGGAUGACCAGGCUCGCUAUGGAAUCAAUUCGCAGAUCAGCUGCCUCGCAUAUGAUCCAGUGCAGUCGCUGCUUGCGAUAGGCACCAGCGAAAGCAAGUAUGGCUCGGGCAAAAUCUACAUCUUUGGACGCCAGCGCGUGCACAAGGUCUUCCAGCUGCAGCGGGCCACAUCAUUCAAGAGCCUCCAUUUCGUCGGCUCUCGCCUCAUCAGCCUUGACUCGCGCAGCGAAUUGGCCGUAUGGGAUCUCCAGCUGGGGACCAAGGCGGGCUACCAAGUCAUCGCGGGCCAGGUAUCUUGUAUCGUGACAGAUCCAAUGCUUGACUGGGCCUUCGUAGGCCUCCAGGGAGGAGAUGUUAUGGCAUACGACAUUGACCGCUUGAACCUUGCACGCACAUUCCGACUCCCCAACUUUUGGACCACGAGGGAUGCCAAGGCACGCAAUUGCCAGCUGGUGUGCAUGUCAGUUCACCCGCGGGAUGUUGGGAAGCUUCUAAUUGGCUACACACACGGAGCUGUCAUCUACUCCUUUAAACAAAACAAGGCAGUCCAGUUUUUCGAGUACAAGGUUCCCGUCGGUGCGCCGGGAGGCAACGGCGCUGGAGUCGAUAAGGAACGACGGCCAAAGCUGACACACGCUCUCUGGCACCCAUCCGGGACCUUUGUUCUUACUGCACACGAGGACGGAAGCCUUGUCUUCUGGGACCCUAAGGAGGAGAAGGUGAUUUUGGCAAGAACCCUCACGGAAUUCGGAGUUGACCAGCGAGCGGCAAAUCCUCACACUACAUAUGUCGAGCCCUAUACCAGUAUUGCCUGGUGCUGCAAGACCAACUGCGAUGAUUCGGGGCUACUGAUAGCAGGCGGCCAAGGCCCAGAACAAUCACCAAAGAGCAUUUCCUUCAUAGAUCUGGGUAUAACUCCUAUCUACGCCACAUCUACAUGGGUAGCCCUCUCCGAUUACUUCCACGGAAAGCGCCGACAGGAUUUGAAGCUUCCCAACGGGGCCUUGGCAACGCAGUUCCUCCUUAUACCUCGGGCUUCACCUCACUUUGCAGGUGCCCAGGAUCCAAUUGGGAUAAUAUCGCUUCUUUCGUCAGGGGAGCUUGUCACGAUGAGCUUCCCUUCCGGCUACCCCAUCAGUCCAACCAAUCAACUUCACCCCUCAACAUUCUUCGUACACCCAUUUGUCACUCGAGUCAAUGUAUCAAGUCUGGAACGCCCGAGGUGGUUAUCAAUGGUUGAAAAGCGCGAUCGCGGUGAAUCAAUUCUCAAGGGAGGAGCACCAGCGGUUAUGCCACUUAAGAGAUUCGAAGAACGCACCAUAAUCCAGGCCGCCCAGGCUGACAGCACCAUCCGAAUCUGGGACUCGGGACACGCUGAUGAAAUUGAGAAUACAGAGCAGCUCCAGGUGGAUGUUGCCAGGGCCUUGGGGCGCAAUGACGACAUCGAGAUAACCACGAUGAGCAUGUCAAGCAGCACUGGCGAAUUCGUGGUGGGCACACGCACUGGCGAAGCUCUCAUCUUCCGCUGGGGGAGCAACAGAUUUUACGGGAAAGACGAGCCGAGGCCUUUGGCUCCGAACCCAAUGGGCCUGACUGACAUUAGCUCAAGAGCGGAGCCAAAUCUGAGAGAAGGUCUUCAGCCAUAUCUAUUAUAUGAGAUGAUGCAGGGACCAAUCACUGCCAUUCAGAUUUCAAACGUUGGUUUCGUGGCUAUCGGGUCAGAGUUGGGCUUCCUUUCCUUGAUCGAUCUUCGUGGACCGGCAAUUAUUUACCAGGCCCCGAUGACGGAUUUUGCACGGCAGGAAAAGAGAUCCUCCUUUCUCAAGGGCCACCGCAACUCUGGCGUGGGCCCAGAGAAAGAAUGGCCCGUUGUGGUUGAAUUUGGUGUCAUGACUCUUGAUGAGGAUUCAUACUCGAGCAUCUGUUGCUUCGUCGGGACAAACCUGGGGAAGGUGAUUACAUUCAAGCUACUUCCAGAGGAGGAUGGCAGAUACUCUACACAGCUCGCCGGCGUCGUUACAUUCGACGACAGAAUUGUGUCACUCAGCCCGAUCGAAGUUGACACGGGAAAGCCUGCAGCUGCUACUUCAGCAACCGUAGGGAGCCUCAGGGAAGGGCGGCAAAUAAAUGGCGUUGUUGUCGCAGUCACGGAAAAAGAAAUCAGAGUGUUCCGACCCGCCAACUCGAAGGGAGCCUCGAAGGAAUUCGAAGAUACGCUGUGCGACGCAGCUGGCGUUGCUGAGCUUGAGCUUCAAGGUGUCGCUGUCGUUGGUGUCUUUGGAGAUCGAACUGCCCGGGCGUUCUCCAUCCCAGGUCUCAAGGAAAUCGGCAAGGCUGAGCUUCCGAUGCUUGACCCGAGCAGGUGUACAAACACAAUUGUCACACAAACCGGCGAUGUGUUUGGCUGGGCUGGACCGAGCGAACUGGCAGUAAUACAUGUCUGGGGGGCAGGCAAACCUUUGCAGCAGUCACAGGACAUCUUGGUCAAUCCAGAACUGGAAACUCCGCCCCGGCCAGUGAUUUCCAACAUGCAGUGGAUAUCGGGCACGCAGCAUGUCAGCGCGCUUGAUCUGGAUCUACUGGUAGGUGGCCCGGACAGGCCCCCUAGUAAGCGAAUGCUGGAGGCUGCCGCGGCUGAGAGGCGAGCUACUGCGGCGGGAGGAGGUUCCUCUUCCCAAGACCAAGAAGGGUGGGGUGACUAUCUGACAAGGCAGCUCAACGAGCGGACGGAGAAACUGAACAUGAUGGGUGACACAAUGGACAGCCUGCAAAACCAAAGCCAAGGAUGGGCAGAUGACGUGAGCAAGUAUAUGAACAAACAGAAGAGGAAUCUUGUGCUUGGAAGUUUGAAGAGCAAGUUCUUUUGA